AUGUCAGAUGAUCUCCAUCGACGCUGCGAGUCGUGCCUGGGCCCAGAGCAUGCCGGCCUGGCGCGUUCUGCAAGUUCCUUAAGGAGCCCGAGAGACUCAGGCGAGCCGACGCCUACACCGACAUGGACGGUGACGGGUUCGCGUCGCAGCGUGACUUCAGUUUGGACGAAGCCAUCGAAUUUUUCGAAAGUGGACCGGCGUCGGCUGACUCCGCUCCCAGAGCUGAAGAGCCAACUUAUCCUCCAGCAGAUCCCCCCCCUCGAGCUCGAGGCGUCGGAUGACGAAUUCAAUUCACCGCCCGCUCCCACUCCUCUGACGGCCAUCGGUGCACUCAUGACAGAGCUACCGGGAAUCAUCCGGAAGGCGGCCGCCUCCAGGCAGCUGACGGUGCCAACCCCGCUAUCCGCUGCUCCACCUGAUGAGAUGACAAAACAAUCUAUAUCCAUUUUGUCUGGCAGAGGCAAAACCGGCGGAAAGGCCAGAGCGAAGGCAAAGACUCGCUCUUCCCGCGCUGGGCUCCAGUUCCCCGUCGGUCGUGUUCACAGGCUGCUGCGUAAAGGCAACUACGCAAAUCGCGUUGGUGCCGGCGCCCCCGUCUACCUGGGGGCUGUGCUGGAGUACCUCACCGCUGAGAUCCUGGAGCUGGCUGGAAACGCCACCCGCGACAACAAGAAGAGCCGUAUCAUCCCCCGCCACCUGCAGCUGGCCGUCCGCAACGACGAGGAGCUCAACAAACUCCUGGGCGGAGUGACCAUCGCUCAAGGCGGCGUGCUGCCCAACAUCCAGGCUGUUCUUCUGCCCAAGAAGACCGAGAAGGCCCCCAAGUCCAAGUAA